AUGGAGCUCUCGGCCGUCGGGGAGCGCGUCUUCGCGGCCGAGGCCCUGCUCAAGCGCCGCAUCCGCAAAGGGCGCAUGGAAUAUCUCGUAAAAUGGAAGGGCUGGUCUCAGAAGUACAGCACUUGGGAGCCCGAGGAAAACAUCCUGGAUGCCCGGCUGCUCGCAGCCUUUGAGGAAAGGGAGCGAGAAAUGGAGCUAUACGGGCCCAAAAAGCGAGGCCCCAAGCCCAAAACCUUCCUGUUAAAGGCCCAGGCAAAAGCAAAAGCCAAAACCUAUGAAUUCCGCAGUGACUCUUCCAGGGGGAUCCGGGUGCCGUAUCCCGGCAGGUCCCCCCAGGAGCUGGGUUCCACGUCCCGAGCUAGGGAAGGACUGAGAAACAUAGCCCUGGCUCCCCAGGGCAGCUCCAGCACCAGCACCCCCAAGGGAGACAGCAUCCGGGACCGGGUGAUCCGCGUGGAGGAGAAACCGGGGGAGACCCCCAAAAAGAGAGGCCCGAAGCCCAGGAAGGAGCUUUACAAGGACCUGGCGGAGACUCUGGAUGCCUCCAAGAGGAAACUGGGGGACCCGGGGGACAAGGUGGGGGACUACCUGAAGGCCAGGAAGAUGGAGGAGGCGGCGGCGGGGGCGGCCAAGUUCGGCUCGGGACACAGCGUCAUCCAGCUGGCCAGGCGGCAGGACCCCGACCUCCCCGGCGCCCUGCCGGGCCCCAACCGAGCCGAGGUGGGCACCAAGCUGGGAGCCGCCGAGAGCUACCCUCCCCGGCUGGCCAAGCACCGGGCAGACUUUCUGGACCCCAAGGGGCAGGGGGGGCUGGACCCCGGCGGGCCCAAGCUCCUGCACGGCGCGGUGAGCCCGGGCGCCGUGGGCAGCCUGUACCGCGACGGCGUGGGGGGCCAGGCGGGACGGCCCUCCCUCAUCGCCAGGAUCCCCGUCUCCAGGAUCCUGGGGGACCCCGAGGAGGAGUCCUGGAGCCCCUCUCUCAACAACCUGGAGAAGGUGGUGGUAACUGAUGUGACCUCUAACUUUUUGACCGUCACCAUCAAGGAGAGCAGCACGGACCAAGGAUUCUUUAAAGAGAAGCGAUGAGUUUGUUGGAGGUGGUGCUGGGGUUUUCUUCGGUCAGAUCCAGACAAAAGCUUGGUUAGAGCUUGG